AUGUCUCGUUCAACAGAUCCGGGACACUUCUUCCAGAGCGAUGCCUCCGAAUCGACAAGGGCUCGGAGAGCUGCUAAGUCUGGCAACAAAAACGGAGACCCUAUUAUUCUUCAGUCAAAGAUUUUAAAGGCAAUAGCUGAUCCGUUUUCGACGAACUCUGUGUAUAUUGCAGAGAGUGCGGGCUGCGUUCGUAAAGUCAACAUAGAAAAUCGAAACACUAAGUCUGUUUACCGGGGACCAACGACACCAGUGACAUCGGUUGCUAUUGGCGGUGCCGGGGGAAAUACGGUGUUUGCAGGAUCAUGGGAUAAGGAUAUAUGGAGUUGGGACCGGGAGACUAGGGUAAUCGGUCGACGAUACAAAGGUCACUCUGAUUUUGUUAAGACGAUAUUGUGUACCAGGAUUGGGGGAAAGGAUUGCCUCAUAUCAGGAGGUGCAGACGCCAAGAUCAUCGUUUGGGAUACGUCGACAGGCGAGCGGUUGCAUACUCUUCGAGAUAAGAGUGACAAUAUGAUGGCUCUGCAGGACCUUGCCGUUGACAUCGAGGAGUCGUCUGAUUCUGAAGUAGUCCUUGUCUCUGCCAGUAGUGACCCUCAUAUUCGACGAUGGAGGAUAAGCUUGUCCUCCGCAUCUCAAAUAUUCGAUUCUUCUGACACAAUAACAUCCGAGUCCACCUCGUCCAAGAAUACUAUCCUAGAGCAUGAAACAAGCGUUUACAAGGUUCUAUUUUCGGGCAGCGAGGAGGACUCGGAUCUCUGGACUGCUAGUGCGGAUGGAAGUGCCAAAUGUCUCUCCAGGUCCCGCAAAUGGGGUGUCGAAGAAACCUACGUUCAUGGCGAUUAUGUGCGCGCCGUUGUUGUAACCUCUAAUUGGGCGGUCACCGCAGGACGAGACGAAGACGUGAAGGUUUGGGACCGAGCAACCGGGAAGCUUUGGCACACCUACGAUGGCCACUACGAAGAGGUUACUGAAUUGGUACUUUUGGACGAGAAGCGUGUGUUAAGUUUCAGUAUUGAUGGAACGAUUCGAUGUUGGCCGCUGGACAAGGUAUCACUAGAAGCUGCACGCAAAGAAAAGGAAGAUCAACUCGAAGGAAAAGUCAAGGAGGACCCAAUUCCAACUACUAGCAAAAGUUUGCUUACCGAGGAUGAGGAAGCUGAGCUGGCCGAGCUGAUGGGUUCAGAUGAAGAAUGA